CUUUUCUCUCCCAACCCACCACUUCUCUCCCCCCACCUCUUCCUCUCUCCAUCUUCUGCUUUUCUCUCUCCAGCCCUUUUCCAACAACUUUGCUUCCUCCCAUCGCUCUAUCACAGAUUGCUAUCCAUAUUCUAUUCUUUUACCACAAUUUCUCUCACCUCUACACUGGCGUCUCAUCAUCUUCACCCCAAACAUACCAUACCGCAACCUAGUCGAUCAAUCAUGUCGACUGCAACCUCGACUUCAACAGCACUGAAGAGAGUUUUAGAUCUCACACAUUCGAAUCAAACACAUCCAACCCCGACCAUUCACCUAGCACGAGCCCUAAGCUUUGUUGCUCUGCCCACGUGGCCAGGCAGUCGAUCCUGCAGAUGUACACCGGAUACAGGGUGUCCAUGAGUAUUAUUGCCAAAGAACAGUUUGAUGGAUCAAGAACAUCGAACUUGUCGAGCCAUCUCUGCCACAGGACGGCGGGUUGGCCACAGCGCCACGCCUGGGUUACUGGUAUGCUACCUUCUGUCCACCGAGAUUUCAGUCAAAACUAAUAGUCAGUGGACAGGCUUUCUGGCCCAUCGUCUUUUUGACUUGCGGGUCUCUUGUUUAUCCUAAUGAGACAAUCGCCCGAGCGAAUGCGACAAGAAAAACCCGCAUUAUCACUUCUCUUCC